CUCAGCAAUAAGCGGGAGGCGGUCACCGCCUAUAAAACCAGCUGCACGACCCACGUCUUCACCCCAAGACUUCCACUCAGAGACGCGCGGGAAGGAACUGAGGUCCAACCAACCCACCCGAGACAAUGGCUCCCUACACCAUCACCUAUUUUCCUGUGAGAGGCCGAUGUGGUGCGACUCGGAUAAUGCUGUCUGACCAGGGUCAGGAGUGGAAGGAGAUUGUGGUAAACUUUGAGGAGUGGAUGAAGGGAGACCUGAAGAAAACCUGUGUGUUUGGACAGUUGCCCAAAUUUGAGGAUGGUGACCUGGUUUUGUUUCAGUCAAAUGCCUUUUUGAGGCAUCUGGGUCGCAGACAUGGUGCUUAUGGCAAGAAUGACUGUGAAGCCGCCCACAUCGACAUGUUUGCCGACGGAGUGGAAGAUCUUCGCACUAAAUACUUAAAAAUGAUCUACCAGGAAUAUGAAACUGGUAAAGAUGCCUACAUCAAAGACCUUCCCAACCACCUGUGCAAGUUCGAAGCUGUUCUGGCCAAGAACAAAAGUGGCUUCCUCGUCGGUGACUCGAUCUCCUUUGCAGACUACAGCCUCUUUGAGGUGCUGCUGAACCACCAGGUGCUGAGCCCCACUUGCCUGGACUCCUUCCCUGCCCUUAACAGCUUUGUGGCAACGUUGUCUGCCCGGCCCAAGAUCAAAGCUUUCCUGGACUCAGAAGACUACAAGAAACUGCCCAUCAAUGGCAACGGCAAGCAGUAAUUCUGCUGUGGCUGAAGGAGUGUAGAGAGAUCUGCUCUAAAGCCUUUAACUUGUAAACCUCAUCGUACCUCAAUAUGUUUUAUUGAUUAGUGAAGCAUUGCACUUUGUGGGUACUUUUUGUUUUUGGUAAGACUUAAUGCUGUUUGAUACUCUUUUUGACUGACUAAAAUGUGUGUCAUUUAUUGGAAAUUAAAAAAAAGGCAGAAAAACA